AUGGCUAUAGGGGCUAAAGCACUACCGUUUACGUUUGUAGUACACGCGCUUGCAAUUGCUGGUAUUGUUAUGGUCUUGGUUUGGAAUAUAUAUUUUAGAGGUGGCUUAGCAUGGGAAUCUACUAAUAAGAAUCUCAUCUUCAAUCUUCAUCCUGUUCUGAUGCUAAUUGGCUUGGUUAUCAUCGGAGGUGAAGCCAUUAUAAGUUACAAAUCUCUUCCUUUGACGAAAGAAGUGAAGAAAGUAAUACAUCUUGUUCUCCAUGCUAUUGCAAUAGUACUCGGUUGUGUUGGCAUUGCGGCUGCAUUCAAGAAUCACAAUGAGACUAACACUCCCAACCUAUACAGCUUGCAUUCAUGGCUUGGCAUAGUCAUCAUUUCCCUUUAUGGUAUUCAGUGGAUAUAUGGGUUCCUUGUAUUCUUUUACCCUAAAGGGUCAUCAACACUGAGGAGUGGUUCCGCCCCUUGGCAUGUGCUAUUUGGGAUUUUUGUGUAUAUAUUGGCUGUUGGCAAUGCUUCCUUAGGGUUUUUGGAGAAGCUUACGUUCCUUGAGAGCUCUGGCAUUGCUAAGUACGGUUCUGAGGCUUUGCUCGUCAACUUCACUGCAGUGGUUACAAUAUUAUAUGGUGCCUUUGUUAUCCUAUCUGUUCUUGGUCAGGGUCCUGAAGAAGAAGACCAUAGCUAUUCUGCCAUAUAA